AUGGCCACUAACAAGAGCGUCGCAUUUGACCACCCAGGAACCCAAUCCUGCCCUCCCCCGAAACUCCCUCAACUCGUGGCAGAACAACAUGUCCCCAUCUCCUCCUCCGACAAGGAGACCAAGCGCCUGAUCGUCGUUCUCUCCAACGCGAGUCUGGAAACAUACCGUACGUCCGCUGGAGGCAGAAACCCGAAUGGCAGAGAGGAGAAAUACUCCCUGCUCAACAGCGAUGAGCAUAUCGGUGUCAUGCGAAAGAUGAACCGGGACAUAAGUGACGCCCGCCCAGACAUCACUCAUCAGUGUCUCCUUACCCUCCUCGACUCCCCCAUCAACAAAGCAGGAAAACUACAGAUCUACAUCCACACCGCCAAGGGCGUCUUGAUCGAAGUCAGCCCGACAGUGCGCAUCCCACGAACCUUCAAACGUUUCGCCGGCCUGAUGGUCCAACUGCUCCACCGCCUCUCCAUCCGCUCCACCAACUCGCAAGAAAAGCUUCUGAAAACCACUUGCCUCCCAACUGCCGGAAGGUUGACGCUGAGUUUCGACUCACCCGUCGUUCGCGUCAAUGACUAUAUCGAGUCUCUGGGGCCGAAUGAGAGCAUUUGCGUCUUUGUCGGUGCAAUGGCGAAAGGAAGGGAUGACUUCGCUGACAGCUUUAAGGAUGAUACCAUCAGCAUCAGCAAUUAUUCUCUCAGUGCCAGUGUUGCGUGCAGCAAGUUCUGCCAUGCCGCUGAAGAUGUCUGGGACAUCGUCUAG